AGGAGUCCACAGAGUGGCUCAGGCAUGGAGGGAGCCAGCAGGAACACUCUGUGUCUGAGGUUUUUAUUCCUCACUGACAGUCUGUGAAGGUAAUGAUGAGUCAGGAGCAGCAGAUCAAGCCUGAGAAAGUUUGAUUUUCUUUUAUUUAUUUUUUUACUUGUGACUGAAGAGGAGGAUUUAUUUUCCCAUCAGAGUUGUAUUACAACAUUUAUUCUUCCCAGAUAUUUGUCUUCCUUUUUGCACGUCCAAGGAUCUAAUAUUGAUGCCAAAAUGGUUUUACUGACACCAGCGCUGUUGCUGCUGCUCCCCUGGUUGUCACUGCGCAACACGGCGCGUGCUGGUGCAGAGUUUUGCCGGGGUACGCACUGCCCCGGCGGGGACACCAGCGAUCCAAGACCGUGCACCGGAGAGCACUGUCCGGGAGGCAGAUCCUCCAGACAGCCGCGGCAUUUCAACCCCACAGCAGCGCAGGGGAGAGCGGCGCAGAUAGUUGGCAGCCAGUACCACGCGUAUCCGAGCUCUCCAAGAGCUGCGGCGCAAGCGUAUCCUGGCGCGCAGUUGCUCCGCGGGCGGCACAGCGACAGCAGCGGCAGUGGAGGCGUCAGCGGAGGCGGCGGCGCACGGAGAGCGCCCGAGGCUCCACCUGCGGGAUGCACAGGCGCGGGCUGCGCCACUGCCGUGAAGCAGUUCCAGCCCGUAAAUGACACCCGAGACUGUCGAGGCAUCGAGUGCAGACUACCCGCGAGGAUACGACCAAGAGCUCGCGCAAAGUCCUGUGAGGGAGAAGGUUGUCCGGCGGAUUCAGAGGAGAGCGUCUCCUCCUCUUCCUCCUCCAGCCAGUUUCCUCCGGUCCAUCUGUCCGACAGAGCCGCGCAGUUUCUGGGAGAUUUCCCGGAGUUUGGAUAUUCUUCCUCGGAACUUGGCGGCGCGCCUCUGGGUGUCCAGCUCACAUGUGACAUCAAGCCAGGCGAGAAUGAAGUUCCCUCAGAAGACGCCCUCAUCCUGCACCUCCAGCUGGCCAAGGGGCAGGAGAAGCUGGUGGAGGCCCUGCGCGCCCAGCAGAUGGUCAUCCGUGACCUUCAGCAGAAGCUUGCGGACCAACAGGAGGCGUUACUGUCGCAGCAGCGCGAGAUCCUGGAGCAGCAGCGGCGCAUGUACGAGCAGAUGGACGUGGUCAAGGCUCAGUAUGGCCUCCUCUCUGACACGGUGAAGCAGGUUUCCUUCCAGGGCCUGCAGGCCGAGCUGCAGAGCUACUUUGAGAACCACUUGGCAGGCUUGCAGAGCCAGGCCCGCAGCCACCUGCAGAAGUCCUAUGCUGUCCACAAAAUGGACAUGGACACAAAGGUGAUGGAUGUAGUCCCUCAGCCUCUGCUGGCGUGCCCUUCGCCCUGCGGAUCAGAGGAGUUCUGUGAUUUCCAGAGGGACCCACCUCGGUGUCAGAAGUGCACCAUGUGUCCACCAGGCUUCUUCCUGAUCUCACAGUGCUCUCCCACAGCAGAUCGAAUGUGCCAGGACAGAGACGAAUGCCUUGAAUUACCCAACAUUUGUGGAGAGAGAGUGAAGUGUCUUAACACCCCAGGAGGGUUUCGGUGUCUGGGAGUGUCUGAGAGGGAGGCAGAGACGGGCUUGUGUGGUCACGACUACUUCUUUAACCAGGAGUUGCAGGAGUGUCAGGCGUGUUCGGACUGUGACGGAGAUGCCGUCGUCGUUCCCUGCACGGCAGUCACUGACUCUGUCUGCAGCCAGCUGUCAGAGAGCCGACUUUCACAGUCUUGGGCGGCGAAAGCAGCCGUUCCCUCUGCCAGGACCUCCAGCGCCCACAUCUACUCUGGGCUUCAGCUCAACGUCCGCGGGAAGGAGAGCAGCAGUCUGCUGUCCAACGAGGCGGGGAAGGUGACUUUCCUGCAGCACGGCCUGGUCUGGCUGGAUCAUAACUUUGCAAUCAAGCACAGCUGCAGGAACUUCCUCCAGGUGGGGAUGAGGCUCAACGGGAGCCAGGAGGAGGAAGGACAGGACCUCAGUGGCGUUCGCAUUGAACAGCCUGAUGGGAAGUACUUUCAGGGCGUCAGCGUCAGCAGCGUGGUGGAGGUGGAGCCUAAUCACACCAUGACUCUCCUGCUGAAGAGUCCCAAUCAACACUGCAACCAGAGUAAGGAUAUCAAUGUGUACGAAGUCACCACUCCUACUUUAAGUCUGCUCUGGUUGUCUCAUGACACUGGAGCGGUCGCUAUGACAGCACAGAUGUCCCUGCUGGUGCACUACCAGACCAGCUACCGUCCAACGUUCCGCUUGACCUCAGUGUCUGACCCAUAUAUGAUCAGCCUGACUCACGACAGCCGCGGCGUGCGCUUCACAGAAAGUGGCGUGGUGAAGUUCGUCAUCCAGCAGGCUCUGUACUCCAUGGGCCACACCUGUGUUCGAGAGGGUUUCUCCCUGAUCGCCUACACUAACCGCAAUGGGACCGGCCAGGAGGUGAUGCAGGCCUUCAAGACAGGCGUCAACUACAGGGACACAUCCAUCACCCUCUCUGGCGCCGUGAGCGUGGACAGCGGAGACACACUCAGCUUCGAGGUCACAUCUCCUUCCCAGUGCAACAUCCGCUAUUUUGGGGACAGCACUGGGAUCAGCUUGCUAAGCCUAAUCUGGAUUCCUUCAGCGGUGUCGUCAGCCUUGACCGCUACCGUGUCCAGGACCGGACUUCCCUCUGGAGCAGUCAGGAAUAAACCUCUGCUGUUCCAGAAAGUCAGUUCGGGCACACCGCAGGUUCAUCUGGCGCGCUCAGGUGAGCCGAACAGCCGGAAGAACUUUAUAUUCCAUGAGAAGGGGACAGCAAACGUAGCCAUCAACCUGAAGCUGAUCCACUCCUGUAACGUAGUAAAACUGACCCUGCAGCAGGCAGGAGGUCCAGGUCCGAGUGGACAGGCAGGUCCUGUGGCUCAGCAGGUGACUGGACACAUGCCUGAAGGGAGUGAAUGGGCCAGCAUCGGGCUGAGAGCCUCGUUUCAGGUCCAGAACGGCACAGCUGUGUUUGUUACUCUGGAUUGUAUCCGUGGGCGAGUGAACCAGAUAACACAUGAGGGAGGCACGAACAUUUCAAUCCUCUGGGUUUCUGUGUGAUCCAAAAAAAAUCUAACCCAAGAAAUAAUAAAAGGACACUUUUGCACAAUAUUGAAUUGCAGAGCAGAUUCAACAAAUUACCAAAUCAUGGAACAAUACUGGUGGAUGAAAAAUGUUUUCAUUGAUUUCACAUAUUUUGUCAUUGGUUGUUUUUAAAUGUGUAUUUUGUAUCACUUUCUUGACUUUUAUUGUGAAAUCUGUUGAUUGAAAUGCUACAAGUACUGCUUAUGCUUGAAGUACUUCGGCUGGUUGAGCAGUGACCAAUUCUUCAUUGAAUGUCUGAGUGUGUAUUCUUUGUGUGUGUGUGUGUGUGUGUAUGUGUGUUUUUGUGUGCGUGUGUGUGUAGACGUUUUGGCAUGCCUAAUUUUGCAUAUGUGUAUGAGUCUUUUGAUAUGUAUAUCCUUCCAACCCUGAGUAUAUGCAUAUAUGUAACAACAUUUUAUAUUAUAUUAUAUCAAUAGGCCUUCAAAGCAGUAGUUUAAUGGAUUUUUGGGAAAAUUCACCAAAUAAUAAAAUAAUAUCCUGGAGUUACGUGUUUAUGGAAUUAAUAGCAGGUUAGCUUGUCAUAACAGGAAACAGAGAAAAGCUAGUCCGUCACUAUAAAAUCACUCUAUUCAAUGUAAUUUUUGUGUAUCAUAUUUUUCGAUUUUUUUUUUUUUUUAAAGAAACAACUUGGUGCUAUCUAGGAGCUAACAUAAUUUGUUAUGCUAUAUCCUAGCUCAUAAUUUGUAAAUCUAUGAGCUAGCAUCAUUUGUUUAUGCUAUCUGAGCGAGCAUAAUUUGUUACUCUAUGAGCUAGCAUAACUUAUUACGCUAUCUAUGUGCUAAAAUAAUUUGUUGUUCUAUGUCCUAGCAUUAUUUGUUAUGCUAACCAUGUGUUAGCAUAAUUUGUUAUGCUAACUAUGUGCUAACCUACUUUGUUAGCACAAGCUGCCAUCUUGUAAAGGUCUCUCUUGUAAAAGAUGUUUUAAUCUCAACUAGACUUUACUUGUUUGUCUACGUAUUCUUGCUAAACUAAGCUAAUCUGAAACACCACCCACGUAAAGGAUUGAAGAGAAGUGACUGUGGUUUCACACGUCUCCCGCAAAUUUUCCCCAAAUGUUAAACUAUUCCUUUGAUGCUCUGAAGGGUAUAUACUAAUGUAAUGUAGUAAACUUUCCAUAUGACUCUUUGUUUGUACUUAAUGAUAUUUAUUUGCCGUUUCUUAGAGCAGGACUUUUUGUAUUUACAUUAUGGAAUGCCUACUAUACAGUAUGUAGUAUAACGCACUGAGUCGUAAAUGUUGAUAUUCAAAUAUGAGUGAGAUACGAAUGCAGUGAUCAUACAUGCAUUUGCACAAGUGCAACAGUAUUAUGGAAUGUGCAAACAUUGCACUUGUGCAUAUCAACCCUAUAAUUGCCUUUGUGUGUGUUCUGUCUUCCCAACAAUUAGAAAUAAUUAAGUGUUUCUGAAAGUUGGCAGUGAACAACUUCAGCUUUAUUUUCACUUUGUUAUGUGUAAUGAAAUUGUGUGUGUGUGUGUGUGUGUGAGAUCGGUCUCCCUGUUUGAAUCUUGUGGAAAUCUCAAAGCAUGUAUUCUCUUUCAAUGCCAAAUAAAAUGUACAUAUACUGUU